GCAGUCAGUAUCAACGCAGACACGCGAAGAAGUGGAAGUACGCGCGUUUCCAUCCCCGCUAAUCGUCGUCGUGCGCGCUUCAUCGUGUGGUACCUAUAGAGUCCUCCCGACCGAAACUUACCCACUCUCGCCGCCCGUAAACUAAUCGAAAAGUCGCGAAUUUUGUUUCUUCUUAUUUGGUAGCGUCGUGGCAGUUGUUAUAGAUUGUUGAUUGUUGCACUGUUUGCUGUUGUUGUUGUUAUUCUUAUUGGUACGUAGAAGGUAGUUUUGAAGAGUUGCGAAUUGUGUGGAGUUCGCGCGGUUUACGGCGCCGGUGUGCAAUACGGGUUGAUCGCACAGCUCCAGAAGAAGGGAAGAAUUUCGGAGGAGGCGAAAUAACCAGCGAAGAGUCGCUGCCGCAGCUCUCCAACGCUGCGAAGUGAGUUUCGCGCCGUGUUGCUUCUGCUGGUUUUGGGGUGAGAGCCAUUCAGAGUCAGUGGCCAACGAAUUCCUGGCCUCAACGCAGUUAGUGGCGACCAAGUCGAUCGACUUCCCACAGCACAGCACAGUCUUUCACCCUUGCACGAAGUUGUGGCGCUGCGCCACAUAGUCGAAAAGAAGCGGUGGAGAAGGGAAUACGGCAGGCGGCGAACUGCUAUCGUCGUCAGAUAUCGCAGAGCUGAAGAAGGCGACUCCACCACGCAGACAGCAGUAGAAGAAGAAACCGUCAGAUGCCAAAAUUUGUUGUUUAGUGUUUAUUGAUUGCGCGCAUAUUUUGGGGUCACCUAAGUGCAUAUGUAUGCGUGCGAAAGCGCAUUUGUUGAAGGUGCAAUAUUUUUUUUGUAUUAAGUAAAAUUGUUGACAGUCGCGAGUGUUGAAUCGAAAGCGAAAGCGCUAAGUGUGUGCAGUGUCACAUUGUGUCAUCCGUGACGAAUAGAGGCGCCGACAUAGUUUCGUCUCAGCCGAAAAGUCUCAUCAUCAUUGCCGUCACCUAGAUUACAUACAUUCAUCGACGGACGGCCCCGCCGUGUUCACCACGCCAAACGGUCAAAAGUACGGAGAUAGUGUCCGUCAAGAUUCGGGCACAAUGAAGCAGAUCAAUCUGGAGGACACUCCACUGACGAUGGCGGCGAUCGUGCGCCGUCGGGCGGAAGCCAUCAAGCACAACAGCGAGUGCGAAACGGACGACCAGCGACACAAUCAAACGUUUCCGCCACUCGGUACGGGUACCAUCGCGGCAUCGGACUCGGGAGUGUUCAUGUCUACCUCGGAUAUCGACCGGACGCAUAGUGCGAGCACCAGCACGCAACACCUGAGUGCCGUCGAAGAAUACACGGAAGGUCAAACGGCACCGACCAAGUCCAGUUACGUAAUCGGCGAACAGGACGAAGAUGAAGACGAAUGUCAAGUGGACGACGAAGGCGACGAGGACGAGGGAGAAGAGGAGGACGUCAUCGAACUGGAUCAAUCACACGAGAGCAAGACUGAUAGGAAAUUGAGUAAACGAGCUUGCCAGAGUCUACCGGACGUGAACAGUCCUCGGCCAAACGCUUUGAAAGCUAAAGGAACCACCUGUGAUAGUAGUAGUGAUAUACACGUAGCACCUAAGAAGGAUGAGAUUGAGCUGCGGGCCUCGUCGGAUGCUGCCAAACCCUGCGAUACGGGGGGCCACGGCAAGCAAGCGACGGCCCCGGUAGCGCCGGCUCUGGCCACUUCCCAGCGAAAGCCCGUCGAUCCGAGCCUGCUGCAGGCGUUCUCCAUCGAUCCGAAGCUGAUCAACAAGUUCGACGGGCUCGAGCACACGCUGUACUACAUCGACGAGAACGGCAGCCCGAAGCUGCGGGACAAGUUCUCGGUCCAGCAGCAGCUGGCGGACGAGAAGAAGCGCCGGAAGAAGGCGAAGAAGCUGGAGAAGUACGGCCCGGACGGGGAGGACGAUAUGGCCCAGUGUACCUGCUUUAGCUUUAGUAGGCUAUCGAAAAAGUUCCGGGAUAUGUGUAAAGAUGGUUCAAAAGUGACAACGGUUGUGGCAACAGCCGGCCAGGGACCAGACAGACCACAGGAAGUAUCAUACACAGAUACCAAGGUGAUCGGCAAUGGAAGCUUCGGCGUUGUCUUCCAGGCGACGCUCUGUGAUACGGGCGAGCUAGUCGCAAUUAAGAAGGUGUUACAGGACAAAAGAUUUAAGAACCGCGAACUACAAAUUAUGCGACGGCUAGAACACUGUAAUAUUGUUAAACUAAAAUAUUUCUUUUACUCCAGCGGCGAUAAGCGUGAAGAUUUCCCCUUCGACAUGGGAAUUUUCAGCAGUGCUCUUCAAUCACAGAAAGACGAAGUUUAUCUCAACCUAGUGCUCGAAUAUAUUCCAGAAACCGUAUACAAAGUGGCACGUUAUUAUGCAAAAAACAAACAAACGAUACCAAUCAAUUUUAUCAGGCUCUAUAUGUACCAGCUGUUCCGGAGUCUCGCCUACAUCCACUCGCUCGGUAUCUGCCAUCGUGACAUCAAACCCCAGAACCUGCUGCUAGACCCGGAGACGGCCGUACUGAAGCUGUGCGACUUUGGCAGUGCCAAACAGUUGCUGCAUGGGGAGCCGAACGUGUCGUACAUCUGCUCGCGAUACUACCGGGCACCGGAGUUGAUAUUUGGUGCCAUAAACUAUACCACAAAGAUCGACGUCUGGAGUGCGGGAUGCGUACUAGCCGAAUUACUCCUUGGACAGCCCAUCUUCCCCGGCGACUCCGGCGUCGACCAGUUGGUAGAAAUUAUCAAGGUCCUCGGCACGCCAACCCGGGAACAGAUCAAGGAAAUGAACCCCAACUAUACGGAAUUCAAAUUCCCCCAGAUCAAAAGUCAUCCAUGGCAGAAGGUAUUCCGAGCGCGUACUCCACCAGAUGCGAUCGCACUGGUGUCCCGGUUGCUAGAGUACACGCCGGGAUCCAGAAUAACGCCGAUCCAAGCAUGUGCGCAUCCAUUCUUCAACGAGCUACGAGAGGGCAACAAGACACUACCGAACGGACGCGAGUUUCCGCCACUGUUCAACUUCACAGAGCAAGAGCUAGCGAUUCAACCAAACCUAAAUCUGAUACUGAGGCCCCGGAACCCGAACGACGCGAAAGCCGGCCAAUCGUCCAGCUCGACGGACGGUGGCAACAGUGGCAGCGGCGGAAACGGUGCCGGAGCCAACAGCAGCACAGUGGCCGGUAGCAACAGCAGCAACAAUAGCGGCACAGGUAACGGUGGCAGUAGCAAUAGUGGCGUCGCGCCCGACAGCACCCAGGGGCAGGGGGGCGGCGCCAGCGGUAGCAGCCAGGGGGUGGGAGCUGGGGCGCAGUCCGUCGGCGGUGCGGAGGAUAUUACGUCAUCACAGUCCGUACCCGGCGUCGACAGUAGUUCCAGUCAAGGAGCUAUAGCGUCAGCGGCAACUUCUACGAUGGGUUAGCUUUAAUUCUUACACAUAAAAUAUUAUAUUAUAUAUUUUUUUAAUUUUAAAAUUAUUAAUUUAAUGCGAGGAUGGAAAUAAAAAAAAACAGAAGAACCCACGGCAAGAGAUGGAAAAUAAGGCAAAAUCGUGAAACAAAAGUUAAUAAAAUUACUAGCAAGGUAAAAACCACAAUUCAGCAAAAAAACAGAAUUACAUAUUAAUACACAUAGACGAAUUAAUUAAUAUUGAAACACCCACACAGAAGAAAAAGGAACAACAACAAUACUAAUCGAGCAGCACCUUGCGCAUAGCCGGAAUACGCGCAAGGUUCUAAAUUAAGUAAAUCACAAAUUUACCUUCAACGAGAAAAGAUAAAUUCUGAGAGUAAUAAAUAUUUCAAAUCAAUAUUAUUCUAACUAAUGAACAAUUUAAAACACACCCACAAAAACACA